AUGUGUGAGGAAGGUUGCAUUGGAGAAGGGGACUCUGACGAUUUGUACCUAGAGGCAGAAAUUUCAAGCAUGGAGGUUUUGUUCUGCAACAUAAUCAGGGUCAAGGCAGUUUCAGGAGGCCGAAUAACAAUGCCAAUCAAGAAAGAAUCAUUUGAAAGGGCUAGUGAGUUAGGUUUGAAGAUUGUGGUCUUAGGUUAUGAUCUAAAGGUGUAUCAUGUCACUUUUGAAGUCGUUGUGACUAGGUUAGGAUGCCCACAAGUUUUGUUUUGGGUUCAACAGCGUGAUUUCAUCCCUGAUUUAAUUUGUUUACCUAUGACCGGUCUAGAUCUCAUUUUGGGAUUGGAUUGGUUAUCUAAGAAUCAUGUUUUGCUUAACUGUUAUGAGAAAUCAGUAUACUUUGUGGCGGAAGGGUCGGGAGGGCCGGUUGUGGUGAAUAGGUACUAUUUGAACUCUAUGACAGUAAAAUGUUCUGGAUGUGAAUGCCAAGGUGUUAUGCUAUUAACGACGAGUCUUUCGAGAGAUGAACAAAGCUUAGAGCAGAUUUCAAUUGUUUGUAAAUUUCCUAAGGUGUUUUGA